CACGGAGUUGCACUUGCAACAGUGCGCUCGCGGCUCACUUCACUGUAACAGCGGCGACGUCUCGAGGCUGUUCAUUCAUCCUCCCACCCGUGCGGAGCAGUGCUGCAGCGGAGCUUGAUCCGACUUGUCCUCCCCGCUGGAAGCGUCUCUCGCUCCUCGGAACUUUCUUUUGGGCGCCGCGCUGUGAAAUGAAAUGGCCGUUUCUCUGUCCCUCCAGAGUCUGGGGCUCGUCUUGCUCGCAGCGAUCCUGCUGCAGACCAUCGCGGUGGCCGUCAGCUUCGUGUACUUCAACCGGGUCCUGAGCACGAUGCAGGAGACUUUCUCCCGCAGCAGCGUGUCCUGUCUAAUAAACGCAAAUCUGCGCUCUGACGUUGAAAAUUCAUCGGAGGAAAAGAAGGGCGAUCCCUGCUGGCAAGUUACGCAGCAGCUCCACCACCACCUGGAAAAGACGAUGGCUGACAGAUUCCAGAAGGAGAUAUCUACUGCUAUGAGAAAUGAAAUGACAGGAGCGGAGCCUUCCCGGACGUCCGGGGUCCGAGGGGUCCCUCUUCCUAAAGUUGCCGCCCAUGUGACCGGCGUCGUCUCGUCCACUGAGCCUCCGACUGCGGACGUCCCGCGCAGCAGCAGGGGCUACCUGGGGGAGCGAAUCCGGGAGUGGGAGGGCCACAGAGGUCUGUCCUUCCUGGAGAACAUGGAGCUGCGGGGAGGAGAACUGCUGGUGCCCCGAGCAGGCCUCUACUACAUCUACGGCCAGACCUACUUCAGACUGCCCUCCUCGGGGGAGGCGGAGGGGGGGGAAGAAGAAGCCCAGCUCGUCCAGUACAUCUACAAGAAGAUGAGUUCCUACACGGUGCCCAUCCUGCUGAUGAAAUCCUCCCGGAGCGCCUGCUGGCCUCGGGGUCCGGAGCCCGGCCUCUUCUCCCUGCAUCAGGCCGGUACCGCCUUCCUGCAGCCGGCGGACCGCCUCUUCGUCACCGUCAGCAACGUCAGCGCCAUGGAGAUGGACGGCAGGGCGAGCUACUUUGGGGCCUUCCUUGUGGGCUAAAGGGAGAAAACCCUGCCGGGUAAAAAAUGUCCUGGACUAGGAUGGCUCGAUACAGAAGUGACUGAAAACGUCUGCUCGGUCAUCCGAGCGGCUGUUUGGAACGGGAUUGGCGAGGGAGACUUCUUUUUCAGGGACUGUAAGGAUGUGAUGAAAUGACUCAUCCACAAAAUGGCAAGGAAGAAGAGCCAUUCACUGUGUAUUUACGCCAGCUGACGCAGGAUUUACAUUCUGUUUAAUAGGAUUACGCGAUGCAUUCAGAUGACUCUGCUUUUGGUCGAGGACACGUUCUGCAUCGUGGACUGUAGAUGCAGAUCAAAUGCUGUACUCUCUUGUGUUAAGGACUUCUAACCGAUUGCGUUGUCUUCAACGUGAAAUGUUGUCGGACGUGUGACAAUUCAUUUAUUUCAAAAUUCCACAAGAUGCUGAAUGUUCAGUGGUAUAAGUGAGGCUGCCCUCUGGCUACUUUUGAAUUUCUUCUUGGAACUAUGUGGUGACGUAGCUCGUGUUGUCCUGUGGCUUCAAAGAGUGCGAAUGGACUGACGCGUUUACACUGCUAUAUCCAAUGGAUACCUUCAAAGUGGGAUAAAUAUUUUAUAAUUAUUCAGAUUAAUAAAUCUACUUUUUCAAUGUGA